AAGCAGAGAUGUCAAAUGCAAAAUUUACUCCAAAAAUUCCCCACUUCUUCCAACCUCUCUUACCAGGCUUCCACAAUCACCUCUCGAUCCCUCUUGCGUUUUUCAAGCACUACUUAAAGACUCAGACCAACGGUCCGAGAGCCGUACUGAGGAGCCACGGAAGAACAUGGCCGGUGAAGAUCAGGGACCGGAGAUUCGAAGACGGGUGGGGAGACUUCGCCCGAGACCACGAUUUGCAUGUCGGGGAUUUCUUGUUGUUCGGAUAUGGAGGCGACAUGGUGUUCGACGUAGUGGUGUUUGAUACCAGUGCAUGCCAAAGAGAAUACCCAGUUUUUGCCAAAGACCACCACCAAACCAGAAGUCCGACCGCUUCGUCCGGCCAUGGAAGCCCUCAUUUUGUGGCCACUUUGAGUCAUUAUUGCAUGAAAAGGUUCAGGCUGGUUAGUAUAAAUAAUAUUCCGAGAAAAUUCGCCAGGUUCAAUGGUCUGAUGGGCAGAUCUUGUGAGAUCGUUGUUGUCGAUGAACAACGAAGGUCGUGGAUGGCGAGUCUAGGACACAAGGAAAGUGAUGGUCAAGUCUAUAUUGGAUGCGGUUGGAGAAACAUCUGCAUCGGAAAUAACCUUAAGGCAAUGGAUUGUGUUGUGAUCGAGCUCAUUGGAAAUGGAACCAUGCCUGUGUUUAAACUUCACAAGGUUGAAGACGAUGAAGAUGACAAAGGUAUGGCAAAUUACCCUGCUUCCAACGCUGGUUGCUCAGGACGGACCAUAUAUUUUUAGAAUGAAUAGCGACCCCUUUCUCUUUUUGUAUGCAGUUUCUAGUAAAAGGCAGUGAAAUCUGUAGU